UUUUUCCUGCCUUUUGCAAGUUGAGGUUAUGGAUGGCUGUUAAAAAUGGCCAUAGUUUUGGUGUCUUUUUCUGUUUGGUCGUAGCAUGAAUUUUCCUAGUGCUUGGCAUCAAAUAUGCCAACUUAAGGCCUCUGUUUGUAAUGGGUUUUGGGAAUUCUAUAUAUUGAUAUCCUAGAACAGUGACAAUCAGACUCUUUCCCUUGCUUCUGCUUCCUUUUUCAAGGCCAAGGGCUUUGAAAGCUUUUUUCAGGCUUUCUAUUCUCAAAUUCUGGUUAUGAGAACUAGGAGGGGAAAGCGUCCUGAGGCCUUUUGGCCAUCCAUUGUGAUGAAGAAAUGGUUGAAUAUAAAGCCGAAGGUGUACGAUUUUAGCGAAGACGAAGUCGACACCGAAACUGAGAGUGAAGAUGAUGCUUGCUCUCUUAAAGAUUCAAGGUUGCAUAAUGGUGAGGAUCAUACCCAUAGGUCAUUGGGGAAACAAUCUGAGUGCAGAGACCAAAUUCCAGAUGAACCUUCGAAAGGCUAUCGAUUAGGACAUAGACGGGGAAAGUCGGAAACUCUGCGUGCGCAGUACAUAAACACAAAGGAUGUGAGGGUGACACUAAGCACUUGGAAUGUUGCCGGAAGACUUCCAGAUGAGGAUCUUGAGAUUGAUGAUUGGCUUUGCACGACAGAGGCGGCCGAUAUUUACAUUAUCGGCUUCCAAGAGGUAGUCCCUUUGAACGCAGGAAACGUCUUUGGAGCCGAGGAUAGCAGGCCGAUUCAGAAAUGGGAGGCAAUCAUUAGGAGAACUCUAAACAAAUCGUUGGUACCUGAAAGCAAGCACAAAUGCUUCAGUGCUCCCCCUUCUCCUGUGUUAAGAACUUCAGUUGCAGAUGUAUUAGCAGACAUAAUCGAAGCUCUGCCAUCGGAAGUGACGUGUGAUGAAUAUUUGGAGACUGCUAAUGGCUAUGAUCUUGAAGGGAAAGAUCUGAACAAAGAUGUUAAUGUUGGACUAAAUCUUCAGCUGAGGAGAAUCUAUGGUAUCGACUUCGACACUAGUUUAGACUGGCCUGAACAUCCUUUAGAUGCAACCCCACAAAUUAUCUCGUCGAAUUCAAAACUACAUCGAGUACUGAGCAGCUCUGCAAGAAUAGGCUUUAAUCUGACAGAGAACUCCAUCUUCCACUAUCCUCAUGAUAUAGUGUUAAAAGAAAGCAGAUUGAAAAGAUCCCACCAUAGCUCUGGAAACCUAGAGUCAAUGUGUAUGCAUGAGCAACCAUUCCUAGAAACUGUAGAUUCUUUCUCAGAUACCUCUGAUGAGAUUUCUGAAGAAGAGGAUGACCUGUUCUUAGAUGUACCAAUGGAGCAACAAGAAAACGAUAGGCCAAGGUCACACCCGAAGUACGUUCGAAUCGUUAGUAAGCAGAUGGUUGGAAUAUACAUAUCUGUAUGGGUGAGAAAGAGGCUGAGGAGACAUAUAAACAAUUUAAAAGUCUCUCCUGUUGGAGUUGGCCUUAUGGGCUACAUGGGAAACAAGGGGUCUGUUUCUGUAAGCAUGACUCUUUUCCAGUCCAGGCUUUGCUUUGUGUGUUCGCAUUUGACAUCCGGCCAGGACGGAGCUGAACACAGGCGUAACUCCGAUGUGUAUGAAAUUAUACGGCGUACCAGUUUCUCAUCUGUCCUCGAUACAUAUCAACCUCAAACAAUUCCGGCUCAUGAUCAGAUAUUUUGGUUCGGGGAUUUAAAUUAUCGUCUCAACAUGCUGGAUGCAGACGUAAGAAGUCUUGUUGCUGAAAAGCGCUGGAACGAACUAAUGGACUAUGAUCAGCUACAUAAGGAACUGUGUAGUGGUCAUGUAUUUGAUGGAUGGAAUGAGGGAACAAUAGAUUUUCCUCCCACAUACAAAUACGAAAUAGAUUCCGAUAGAUACGUCGGUGAGGUCCCUAAAGAAGGCGAGAAGAAGAGAUCUCCGGCAUGGUGUGAUCGUAUACUCUGGUCGGGAAAAGGCAUAAAACAACUUUGUUACCAACGAGCAGAUAUAAGACUCUCGGAUCAUCGACCAGUGAGUUCGAUGUUCGUAGUUGAUGUUGAAGUCUUGGACCAUCGUAAAUUGCAGAGGGCUCUCAAUGUCAGCACUGCUGCUGUUCAUCCAGUUACUUUCUUUGAUGAAGAUGGAGACAUAAUUUUAGCAUACAAAAAUAUGCUAAGCUUAUAAUUCAUUCAACAAGUGUAAGUAGAUCAAUAUAAGCCAGUAUCCGUUGGCGGAGCCACAACUUAGUCAGAGUU